AGUUUCCCUGGCGAGCGAACGAGGUAAACGGCCGGCGCCGCGGACAGAGUGUUCAUAAGGAUGGAAGCAAUAUUUCUUUGCAAAACUCCUUCUUGCUGUAUCUCAUGAGUCUACGUGAUCUGAGGAAGCGUCUGCAUUUAAUGAUGACAAACAUGUCUCAUGUGUAGCAACAAGAGGACAAGUGAACAAAAAUAAAGAAGCGAGGAUAUUGCCGUUCACCGGGGAAGGCGCCUCAAGAUGAACCGCUACACGACCGUGAGGCGGCUGGGGGACGGCACGUACGGGAGUGUGCUGAUGGGCAGGAGCAAUGAGUCGGGGGAGCUGGUGGCGAUCAAGAGGAUGAAGAGGAAAUUCUAUUCUUGGGAUGAAUGUAUGAACUUGAGAGAAGUUAAGUCUCUGAAGAAACUCAAUCAUGCAAAUGUGAUUAAGCUGAAAGAAGUUAUCAGAGAAAAUGACCAUCUUUAUUUUAUAUUCGAAUAUAUGAAAGAAAACCUCUAUCAAUUAAUGAAAGACAGAAACAAAUUGUUCCCUGAGUCAGUCAUCAGAAAUAUUAUGUACCAGAUCCUGCAAGGGCUGGCAUUCAUCCACAAACAUGGAUUUUUUCACAGGGACAUGAAACCAGAAAACUUGCUCUGUAUGGGCCCAGAACUUGUGAAAAUUGCUGAUUUUGGACUUGCAAGAGAGUUAAGGUCACAGCCACCAUAUACUGAUUACGUGUCUACCAGAUGGUACCGGGCCCCCGAGGUCUUACUAAGAUCGUCAGUGUACAGCUCCCCCAUCGAUGUGUGGGCUGUGGGGAGUAUCAUGGCGGAGCUGUACACACUACGGCCGCUGUUCCCAGGGACAAGUGAGGUGGAUGAAAUCUUUAAAAUUUGCCAAGUUCUAGGGACUCCUAAGAAAAGUGACUGGCCAGAAGGGUACCAGCUCGCGUCCUCCAUGAAUUUCCGCUUCCCGCAGUGUGUUCCCAUGAACUUGAAAACUCUUAUUCCCAAUGCCAGUAAUGAAGCCAUUCAUCUUAUGAUGGAAAUGUUGAGUUGGGAUCCAAAGAAGCGACCAACAGCAAGCCAAGCACUGAAGCACCCAUAUUUUCAGGUGGGCCAGGUCCUGGGUCCUUCCACCCAACAUCUAGAACAGAAACAGACGUUAAACAAGCAGCUGCAGCCCUCAGAAUCCAAGCCCGCUGUAGCUGAACCAGACCCGAAGCCUCUGCCUGGCAUAGUGGAUCCGACGGUUGGACAGCCCCCUCUGAAACACAGCCACCAGCCGCUGCAGAGCAUCCAGCCCACACCGAACACAGGGGCCCAGCCACCUCCAAAGCAACAGGGUCCCCAGAAACCACAACAAACACUGUUUCCGAGUAUCCUCAAAACUGUGCCGACCAAGGCAGUUGGCUCCCUGGGUCAUAAAGGCUCUAGGAGACGGUGGGGUCAGACUGUCUUCAGGUCCGGAGACAGCUGGGAAGAUGACUGUGAUUUCAGAGCCUCCCGUUCCAAGAAGACAAGCCAGAGCGUCAUGAAAGAAAAGAAGAAGAGAGAUUCUCCAUUUCGGCCUCCAGAGUCGGAAAUGCCAGCCCCAGGCUCCAGCCACUCCACCGAGGAGGACAGGGGCUUGCAUGCUGCUGUUCCCCCAAAGUCUGACACCGGCUUCCCAGCCACUUCAGUGGCUAAACAGUACUACCUGAAGCAGUCAAGAUACCUUCCAGGUGUAAACCCCAAGAACGUGUCCUUCGUGACCACUGGAAAGGAUAUCAACUCUUACUCUUGGAAUAAUAAGUUAUUUCCUAAGCAACUGGGACCCAUGGGGACAGAACUUGCUUUCAGAAGGAAUAAUGCAGGCAAUCUUGGAAGCUAUGUGCCUUACAAUCAGACAGGACACAUGCCUUCCCUUCUCAAAAAAAAAGUGGGCUCAGCUGGCCAGAGGAUCCAUUUGGCACCUCUUGGUGCAACGACUUCAGAAUAUACCUGGAAUACAAGAACUGGUCGGGGCCAGUUUUCAGGACCUACUUAUAAUCCUACCGCAAAAACCCUAAAUAUUAUGAGUCGUGCACAGCCAGUCCCCUCCGUGCACGGAAGGACAGACUGGAUGGCUAAGUAUGGAGGCCAGCGGUAGGCCCCCUGGUGGACGCCCGCAGUACUGCUCAACAGGACAUGUCAGUCCCUGACCCAGGGAAAUGUCUACAGAUGCCUGUUUCAACUGAGUUCUGGAAGAAAGGCAAAAAUGCAAUA